AUGUCCAAUCCACAACCUCCCCACCCAGACAUCCUCCCUCCAACUCCACCACCCACCAACAUGAAAGCCUGGCUCUACUCAUCCACCUCCAGUGGUCUCGAGAAGAACCUCGAACUCAACCCAACAGCCCGCGCACCCCCCGCCCCACAAGGCUCCCAAGUCCUCAUCCAAGUCCUCUCCGCAUCCCUCAACCCAGCCGACUACAAAGUCCCCGAACUCGGACUCCCCGCACGCCUAUACAUCGGUACCCCCGCGUCCCCGGGGAUGGACAUUUGCGGCCGGGUCGUCACGACGGGACCGCUUGCGCGACACUUCCGUGAGGGCCAGCUUGUUUUCGGGUCUGCGGCGACUCCGAUUAAAUUCGGGUCGUUGGCGGAAUACACGCUUGUCACUGCAGAUCAGAUUGCGGCCGUGCCGGAGGGUGUGGAUGUUGAUUCUGCAGCUGGGGUGGGAAUUGCGGGACAGACUGCUUUCCAGAGUUUGGAGGGGUAUGUGCGUGCUGGAGACAAGGUGUUGAUUAAUGGGGCUUCGGGGGGAUGUGGGACGUUCGAGAUUCAAAUUGCCAAGCAGAUGGGGUGUCGUGUUACGGCGAUUUGUUCGACGAGGAAUAUGGAGCUUUGUUUAAGGUUGGGUGCGGAUGAGGUUAUUGAUUAUACGGCGGAGAAGGAUCUUGUGGGGGUGUUGGCGGCGAGGGGUACUGUGUUUGAUCAUAUUCUUGAUCAUAUUGGGACGCCGGCGGAGAUGUAUUACCAGUGUCAUCGGUUUUUGAAGGAGGAUGGGGUGUUUGUGCAGGUUGGUGCGUCGAGUAUGACGACGCAGGCUGGGCGGUUGACGUGGCCGGCGUUUUUGGGCGGUGGGAGGAGGAGAUAUGUUGUGUUAAUGUAUAAGCCCGUUCAGAGGCAGUUGGUGCAGUUGGGAGAGUGGUUGCAAGAAAGGGUUGUCAAGGUGCAGGUGGAUAGUCUGUAUGAGUUUGAGGAAGUGGUGAAGGCGUUUGAGAAGCUUCGCUCGGGGAGAGCAAGGGGGAAGAUUGUGGUGCAUGUUGGGAAGGAUAAAGGGAAUAACUAUGAGCCUUUUGGAAUUGGGAUGUAA